AUGGCCGCGAACCUGGAGGACGUGCCGUCGGUGGAGCUCAUCACCGAGGUGCUCCGCCGCGCCAAGUGCAGUUCCAAGCCCGACAAGCGCAUCAUCCUCGUCGGGGAGCUUGUUUCCGAUGACUUGGUUGUUGGGAUCAUUGAUGAAGCCAUGAAAAGGCCUUCAUGCCGUAAGGGUUUUAUCCUUGAUGGCUUCCCUAGAACUGUUGUUCAAGCACAAAAGCUCGAUGAAAUGUUGGCAAGGCAAGGUGCUAAGGUUGACAAGGUUCUGAACUUUGCAAUUGAUGAUGCAAUUUUGGAAGAACGAAUUACUGGUCGUUGGAUUCACCCAUCGAGUGGUAGAUCUUACCAUACAAAGUUUGCUCCUCCUAAGACUACCGGAGUUGAUGAUGUUUCCGGAGAGGCCUUAAUUCAAAGGAAAGAUGACACAGCUGAGGUCUUGAAGUCGAGGCUUGAAGCCUUCCACAUUCAGACUGAGCCGGUGAUUGAAUACUACUCCAAGAAUGGCUUAGUCGCAAAUCUUCAUGCAGAGAAACCACCGAAGGAAGUUACUGUUGAGGUGCAGAAAGCCCUUUCGUGAAGUCAUGUUACUCACCUUAAAAAUGACAUGUACCAAAACCCCUAUUCCCCUCGAAGUUUAAACUGAUACCAACUUCUUACGGUCCUAGUUUUCUAUCUGAGAUGUGCGCGAUUGCACCAUUUUUUUACA